AUGCAUAACUGGACGUGAAGGGGUUAAAGAGUUCAAGAUUGUCGAAGAUUAUGGUUCAGACGUCAGAGAGUAAAAAAGAAGACAGUCGGACAGAGAGACACACGUAAAAAAAUAAAUAAUAUGUAAAAAACAGAGAUCUCCGUCCGGUAUUUUAAUGCGGCUAACGGAAUAGCAGGUGAAGACGGAUUAAUCGCAUGGAGCCCCGUCUCCGUAAUAUCUGCUUUUGAGCUAAAAAAAAGCAGGCUGCGGAUCUUUUUUUUUUUAAUUUGCACAUUUAAUUUAUUUCCUUCGCCCUUUUUGUAUUUUCUUUUAAUUUGACAGAGCGGAAGAUGGCAGCAAACAUGUACAGGGUUGGAGACUAUGUUUACUUUGAAAACUCUUCCAGCAAUCCAUAUUCAGUCAGAAGAAUAGAAGAGUUAAACAAGACUGCCAAUGGAAAUGUUGAAGCAAAGGUUGUGUGCUUCUAUAGAAGAAGAGAUAUUCCUAGCAAUCUUAUUGCUUUGGCAGAUAAACAUUCAAAGGAGCUGGAAGAGGAGAUGGAAGGAGAAAACUUGCAGCAGCUGACAGAAAAACAGCGACAUCAACUCAAACACAGGGAGCUUUUUCUGUCCAGGCAACUUGAAUCUCUGCCUGCCACACAUAUCCGGGGAAAGUGCUGUGUCACGCUGUUAAAUGAAACAGAAGCUCUGUUUUCCUACCUGGAGAAGGAAGAUUGCUUUUUUUACUGUCUGGUUUACGACCCUCAACAGAAGACACUUCUGGCAGACAAGGGGGAAAUCAGAGUUGGACCUCGGUUCCAAGCUGACAUAACAGAUUUACUAAAUGAAGGUGAGAGUGAUGACAGAAAUCUGGAAGAACUUGAAACAAAGAUUUGGGAACCAGAAAGCCCAUUAUCUGACAAGCAAAUUGAUCAGUUUCUAGUCAUUGCUCGCUCUGUUGGCACUUUUGCUCGAGCACUGGACUGUAGCAGCUCCAUCAGGCAGCCCAGUUUACACAUGAGUGCUGCUGCAGCAUCUAGAGAUAUAACACUGUUUCAUGCCAUGGACACAUUGCACAAGAGCAAUUAUGAUAUGUCAUGUGCCAUCACAGCUCUAGUCCCCCAAGGAGGCCCAGUGCUUUGUCGGGAUGAAAUGGAAGAGUGGUCAGCUUCUGAAGCAAAUCUGUUUGAGGAGGCACUGGAGAAAUAUGGCAAGGACUUUUCUGACAUCCGACAAGACUUUCUUCCUUGGAAAUCAUUAACCAGCAUCAUAGAGUACUAUUACAUGUGGAAAACAACAGAUAGAUAUGUACAGCAGAAACGUUUAAAAGCUGCAGAAGCAGAAAGCAGACUGAAACAGGUUUACAUCCCCAACUACAACAAGCCCAACCCAAACCAGAUCAACAUGAACAACAGCAAGACAAAUUUAAUGAAUGGGUCUGGACAGCCUGGUCAGAGCAAUAGUGCAGGUCGUGCCUGUGAGAGCUGUUACUCAACACAAUGCUUCCAGUGGUAUUCUUGGGGUCCUCCCACCAUGCAAUGUCGAUUGUGUGCAACAUGCUGGAAUUACUGGAAGAAAUAUGGUGGACUAAAGAUGCCUACCAGACUUGAAGGAGAAAGACCAGGUCUUAACAGAAACAACAUGGCACCACUUGGUUACUGGAUUAAGAACUCCAACCCUAAGUACACACUGAAGACCAAACAGGCCUUCUAUCUUCAUACCUCCAAACAGACCAAAAUGGCACGGCAACUUUGUCAAGCUCUUCUACAGUCUCGAAGAGCUGCACGCAGACCUUUCAUGCCAGUAAACAGUGCUGCCGUAAAAGCUGAGUGCACAGCUCAACUACCUGAUAAAGCCAAACAGACUGUGAAAAUGGUACCGAUGUUCAGGAAGCCUUUGGAGUCUAUAGUCAAGUACCUGGAACUCAACCCAUAUGUUCAGCCUAAAACAGUUAAAUCUGCUUUGGCUUCCCACUCAGUCAGUGGCAGCUUUGUCAAAGUUGCUCCAGUAAUCAACCAUGGCUCUACAACUAUUUUGGGUAAACGAAGCUAUGAACAACACAAUGGAGUUGAAGGUAACUUGAAGAAACGGCUGUUAAUGACUUCUCGAGGUCUACAAAACCACAGCCAAGUAAGGCAAAUGGCUAGUCUUAACAAGGCGUACCUGCUAAAUGGCAAGCCCUUUGAUAGGAAUCAGAGGGUUCUUAAACACAGCUCACUGCCUCCAGUUAAAGGCCGCCGAAUGAACUGGAUUGACGCUCCAGAUGAUGUCUUCUUUAUGGCGACGGGUGAUACAAGGAGGGUCCGUAAAAUGCUCACAUCCUUUGAUAUCAAGAGAGCAGCACGACAGCCAUACAAACAGAUCUUUGUUAAGCACAUAAAAUCUGACAUGGAUGUACCACAACAACUCCGACACCCAGUCAAUGAGGAGCCCAUCGUUAUUGAGGAUUAAUUUGAGGAUCUCUCUGAAGAAUCACAACACACAUUGCAUAACCCCUUUUACCUUUUGCACACAUUGUCUAUUGUCCUGUCAACUGUCAAAAGGGUUAAUGUCAUCACCUACAUAAUUACAAAACUUAAUGUUCAUGGCACAAUUUAUACCUUUUUUUUUUCUUUUCUUUUUCUUAAUUUUGUUGGAGAAUCCUCUCAUGAUAAAACAUAUCAGGAAGCAGUGUUAAUUUUUCAGUUCUGCAUUGGAGCAUCACUCACAUUGAAUCCUCAGCCCUUAUCAAACUGUUGUCUGGUUCAGGAAUGAAAACAUCAAUUGAAGAAUAUGUAUAUUUAAAGAAGAAAAAAAGGAUGAGUGAAAAAGCCUGUUCUUAAGAUACAGUGAAAUGGAUGGAUAUUUUUGAGACAAUGAUUGUGAACUAAUUUUACAUGGACAGUUAUGGACUCUUUAUGGUCCCACUUGUAAUAUGGACUUUACAUUUUUUGUUCCCUUUUUGAGCAAAGAAUAGUUUUAAUGCCCACCAGACCAACAAAAUACUGGAAAGACACCUGGUAUCUUUUCACCCUGAGCAGUUAAGUAUGCAACCCACUUAAAGAUAUGAAAACCCCAAAUUUCCUCAUCAUACCAUCCAUAAUCUUGUCUGGAGUGGAGUCAGCCACACAGCUAACAGCUGUGAAGUAAUUAUGGAUGCUGCAAUGAAUAUAUUUCUUGUUUAUGCCAGAAGUUUAAUCAGGCAUCCCUGUGUAUAGCAUUAAAGUGCAUAUGCUUGUUAUGGAGGAGCAAUUUUUUUUUGUGUUUAGUAUGUUUGUUAUAAAGUGCAGUGGAUGUUUAUUAAAUGUGCAUGUCAGUUUUCCUGUUACAUAUAAUUUGAAUAUGCUGGAUAUAAGAGUUGGGAGGCUCUCAAAGUGUGUAGGCUGAUCUUUCCAACUCAGGGUGCAUUCUAAUUUGCCACUUAAACUUCUUAUCUGCCAGUAAGGUAUGUUUUGGAGAAAAAGGUAGUUUUAGCCCAAUUCUGUUGUUUUGUACACAUACGUACUCAAAAGAAUCUGGAUUUUUAAUUUCCAGUGAAUUAAUAGAGUGUAUAAACCACACAUUUAAUGCCUUACACUGUUUCUUUUCUCUUUUUCAUUGGUUUCUUUGUUGUGAUUUUUAACAUUCACUUUCAUCUAUAUUGGAUUAAUUGAUUAAGGUUACAGCAUUCUUUAUAUUGUUGAUUCUCUACAUGUAAUUGUGCCAUUCCCCAAAGCAGACACCAAGCUGUCUGAGCUGAGUCUACAUUACUUUUAUUUUUAGUACCAUCAUUGUGAGCAUUUCCUGAAAUUAUUUUGCUGUUUCUGAUUCUUAGCAAUCCAUGCACAGUAAGCCAUAAUGGAAACAAACUACAGUACUUUGACUUAAUCAGAUUUUAAGUUGCAGGUGAUUAUUCUAAUUAUGACCAUGCAUCUAUUAGUAACUGAGAGCAUUAAAUGUGUAGCCAAAACUAAUGGAACCAAAGAUUCACAACAGAAAUGGUGCAAUGUUGGUAUUAACUUCCUCUUAUUGAUUGUGCACCAUUUCAUAGAAAAUGCAUGUAUUUGAAAGAGCCAUUCAUUCACAACACCUUUUAUACUUAGUGCUAUUGCAGACAAUCGUAUUAUUUACUUUUUGGAAAUUCCUCCUGUAGUGACACUGACUCUAAAAUUUAUCUUUCUGGAUCUGUCAUAUAAUAAUUAUUACUGUCAUACCUAUCGCCCUGCCUGGGAUUUAUUUCUUGCCUUGCAGCCUGUGUUGGCUGGGAU